AUGGAACUACUGGACUGUAAGAGGCACAAUGAAAUGAAUUCGGUCAUUACCACAGUUGCAUACGUCCUAAGAUUCGUCAAACGACUUAUGGGAAAAAGCGAAUCGCGACUCCAAUCCAGAGUUGUAGGAAACGUUCCGGAACUACGUCACAUGACAACGGAUUCCUAUAUUACUGUGAAAGAAAGGCAAAUAGCUCUACAAGUAGUAGUGUGCAAUCACCAAGCAGUUCACUUAACAGAGGAUCGUCAGAAAGCGCUUAAGCAACUAAAACUGCAGAAAGGCGACUCUGGAAUUUUCCGUUGGCGAGGUCGCAUGGACAACUCCAUCCUGCCACACCAAGCUCGACAGCCGAUCUUCAUAGUUGCCAAGAGCGAUCUAGCGAAAGCGACGGUGAGGGAAUCACACAGUCCAAUGCAUUGCAGUACUGCGCAUACCAUGGCAAACGUGAGGAAAUACUACCGGAUUCACAAACUUCGACAGCUUGUGCAACAAGUCAUCAGGAGAUGCGUUCCGUGUCAGAAAAUGAACAACCUUCCGUUCAAGUAUCCGGAGAUGAAGGACCUCCCUGAUUGA